AGUUGCCCAAAACGAGAGCGAGGAGGAAGAGAGCACUCCUCUCGGAGGGGCGUCGACAGAGCAGACGCACGGCACGCUGCUGUCGGCCGAGGUCGCCGUUGCACGAGACGUGACCACGGACGUGACUCAGAUGACGCCGUACGGAUAGCCACGGAGCGCCGAGGCCAGGGCCACCAACAGGGAUGAAGUCUCACUUCGCGCUGCUGGCGGCGUCCUGCCUCGUGGCCUGCGUUUCCGAGGCUGGCCACAUCAUCCCCUGGCUCACCAUCAGCAAGAGCAUCUUCAUCAAGCCCGUGAAGCACGUGUACAAGGAGAUCCCGGUGUACAAGAUCAUCCCGGUGUACAAGACCAUCCCGAUCAUCAAGACCAUCAAGGUGAUCAAGGAGGUGCAUGUGCCCAAGGAGGACCACGACCACCACGACCACGACGACCACCACGACCACCACUACAAGGUCGUGUGGCAGGACCCGUCCAAGGAGGAGUGGCAAGGCUCCUCCGGCUGGCAACCACCGGUCUACAAGGACGGCUGGAAGCCGCAGUCCGGCUGGGAGCCAAGCCAGGGCUGGGAGUCCUCCGGGCCCUGGAAGCCCCAGGACCAGGGAUGGAAGUCUCAGGACGAGGGCUGGAAGCCCUGGGACUCAUCAGGGUCCUCCCACCCCGGAAUCGAGCGGCGCAACGCCACCGCCAAGGACGCCAAGCACUGACCGUUGAACCACUCCAAGCAGGCACAUUAACCAGACUACUAGUCCCGGAGCGUCCCGGUCUUCGCGGCGGCGCAUCUUCUACGAAGCGCUCCCAGAUCAUCCGCCCGUCGC